AUGGGACUCAGCGAAUCGAAGUCAAAGCUGUCUCAGUCGGCAGAGAAGUUGGAUAAGUCGCAAAUCACACCUUCUGACAAAGUACGCCUCCAACUGAAGCUUCAGCGAGACAAUGUACAGGCAGCUAUUCGUAAGUAUGAGCUCGUCGCGAGCCUGGAGCAUGAGAAGGCGAAGGAGUUCAUGCGUGUAGGGAACAGGCGCAAGGCGCUGUACUGUCUUAAGCGAGAGAAGGCGCAACAGUCGCAGAUCUCUAUAGUGACCGACAUGCUAGAUAAUAUCCAGCACCUGAUCGAUACUGUCGAGUUUUCCCAGAUUCAAAGGGAAGUGGUCGCAGCCAUGAAGGAUGGCAAGUGCGAGCUGGACAACCUGAACAAAAUGCUUGAUAUCGAUGACAUCGAAAGGCUCAUGAAUGAAACAAGCGAAUCUAUUGAAGAGGCUAACCAGAUCAACGCUGUGCUUAGCCAGCCUCUUGCUGGACUUUUCGACGACGACGAGCUGCUGCGCGAGUUGGAGCAAUCCGCUGGUACACAGAAAGUCGACCAGGAACUCCCCAAUCUUACUGUCCCUGGCCAUACCCUUCCUCAAAAGGGAUCGGAGGUCAAGGGGAGAGAGGAGGAGAACGAGGAAUACGAAGAUGCUGCACCUGCUCGUCAGUAUGCUUAG